GCGCUCGCUGCCUCUAUAGUAAAUAUCGGUGCUAUGGUAGCUAACUUUAAACCUAUCGAAACGGAAAGUAGCCUGUACGGCCUAUGGAUUCCACCCAUAACAGAUUCCCUUGACAGUAGUGUCAGUAGUGCUUCUGGUUGUAUAUCAUCGGGAUCCGGAGGUAUGAUGUCAUCAAAUUUAUCCAUGAAUUCCAUGUCGGUGAAUUCUCCGCCGGACAUCAAACCCGACCUGUCCCAGUUAAACAUGGCCUCUCCACCUGGCUCCUACUUCAGUUAUAGCUCAGGCAUGCAGUCCAUGUCGUCGUCGUCACAGCCCUCCCCACCCUUGAUGCACUCUCCAGGAAUGCAUUCUCCCUCAUCCUCUGUUACCUCCCCUUCCAUGAUGUCGCUGGGAUCCCCUGGAUCUGUGUCUUCACCUCCAAAUCCACACAUGCCACACACAACGCUCAGCAGCAAACACAUCUGUGCAAUAUGUGGAGAUCGGGCAUCAGGCAAACACUAUGGUGUUUACAGUUGUGAGGGGUGUAAAGGCUUCUUCAAAAGAACAGUACGAAAAGAUCUUACAUAUGCUUGCAGAGACGAUCGGAAUUGUGUAAUAGAUAAACGUCAAAGAAACAGAUGCCAGUACUGCCGAUAUAUGAAAUGUUUGGCAAUGGGCAUGAAGCGAGAAGCAAUAAAUUCAUCCCCUUCCUCUGGCAGUAGUAUUAGUGGCCUUGACCCAGAUGAAGCUUGCCUUGCAGCUGUCCAAGAGGAAAGACAACGUGUAAAGGAGAAGGGUGAGGGAGAGGUGGAGAGUACCAGUAGUGCUAAUUCUGAUAUGCCUGUCGAGAAGGUUCUGGAUGCAGAGCUCUCAGUCGAUCCCAAACUGGACACUUACAUAGACACACAGAAAGACCCAGUGACAAACAUCUGUCAGGCUGCUGACAAACAGUUAUUUACCUUAGUGGCAUGGGCUCGGAGAAUACCACAUUUUACAGAACUACCCUUGGAAGAUCAGGUCAUCCUUUUGCGUGCUGGCUGGAAUGAGCUUUUGAUUGCUGCAUUUUCCCAUCGCUCCAUUGUGGUGAAAGACGGUAUUCUGCUGGCCACAGGACUCCAUGUUCACCGAAGCAGUGCACAUCAGGCGGGUGUUGGUACCAUCUUUGAUCGAGUUCUCACAGAACUUGUCGCAAAGAUGAGAGAGAUGAAAAUGGACAAGACAGAAUUAGGCUGUUUGAGAGCCAUCGUACUGUUUAAUCCAGAUGCUAAAGGCUUGUCUGCUAUUCAGGAAGUAGAGGCUCUUAGAGAAAAAGUGUAUGCAUCAUUGGAGGAAUAUUCAAAAACACGUUACCCAGAUGAACCUGGGAGAUUUGCAAAGCUGUUACUUAGACUGCCUGCACUGAGGAGUAUUGGACUUAAGUGCCUAGAACACUUGUUCUUCUUCAAAUUAAUUGGUGAUACACCAAUAGACACUUUCCUGAUGGAAAUGCUGGAAAGUCCAAGCAUAGGCACGUGACACCUGAGAGGACAGAGGGAGGGGUGAACAGACGACAGUGUCGUUACACCUAAUGAUUGAUGGAGAUUCUGCCAUGUAACCUGGCCUGGAAUGUGGCAGUGUCUUAGUGUUCCAGGUGUACACACAUCAACUGUAUUAUGGCUCUGCAUCAGUUAGAACAUUGAACAUCAUAUAUUAUGUAUAUAUAAAUAUAUAUAUUAUGAAAAAAAUCCAUUUUAUGUUUGUGUUGAUUAUAGUAGCACAUCACUGUGGCCGUCAUAAGACAUCACCAUGUACCUGAUGUUUAUAAAUUGUACACAGAAAUGUUAUUUUCUCAUAUGUUCUGUUUUUAAUAAUUUCUCCAAGUUGUUUUAGAGUUAUUAAGAAAGUUAUUGAUAUGUUGGGCAGAUUAUGUUUGGAUAUGUUCUUUGAUGCUUUUAAUUGAUGUUAAUCACGUGAAGAAUCAAACAAAAUGUGCCAUUCACUUGUUUUAUGUGAAUUCACUAGUGUAUCAUAUAAAGUUGUUUAUAAUGUAAGGAACAGCUUUCUUUCCAUUAAGUGUUGAUUGCUUAUGGGGAAAAUAUUGAAAUUUCUGAAAAUGUAUGAAGGAAGUCAGUGUUGAAGUCAAAAAAUGGCAAUUUAAUUAAGAUUUUAAUGCUUCCAAAGGAAUUUUUACUCUUGGAAAUUGUUAAGAUAUAAAAUGCUUGUGUAAAGAAAUGGAGACGGAAAGUCUGUAUGAAAUGAACCUCUAUAUCAACAAAAUAUUAUUUGGUCCAAACGCUUAUGUAGAAUUAUUAUCAACCUUGAUACUGCGACGUGUUUUUGUAAAUUGUAAUAAUUGCACAAUUGAAUCAUGAGUGUAUCAAUACCACUAGGAAUCGUCGUCCAAAAGACAUGAAAGGAGUGUAAAUGGUUACAACCUCGGGAACCCAAGUAAACAGUAUCAAGAACAACCAAGAAAAUAACAUGGAAUAAUUUCAAAUCAUUUGAAAAAUUGACAUGAAAUUUUCCUAUGAAGAUGUGAUCUUACAGUCCCCAGAAAAAUGGCAAUAAGUCUUUUGUAAUGACCCUGGCAGCGUUUUCUCAAAUAUUUUCAUCAAUUUUGCACUAGGCUACACUAAAAAUUGAAAACUAUUCAGAUUUGUUGAUGAUAAUAUAGAUAGCGUGAAAUAACAUUUCCUACAUUUUAAGUGCUGUCACAAUAUUGUGGAGGUCACAUGUAUUCAGGUAUGUUUUGAUACUUUGAUCACCAUUACUGAAGUGUAUGUGUUAUUUGUAUUUUAGUAAUUUGGGAAUGCUUACUAAUAUGAAAUUACUAGAAAUGUUAUUGUUUGAUUGGCAUGGUCUGGAUUGUGCUUUAAAUGAUCAGUUUACAAUAAAAUGAUACACAUGGGGUAACUAUUGGUGAAUACAAUCACAGGCAUCUGGUUAGCAUUUAUAGAAAAUAAAAGAUCUAAGGAUCUAAAGAUAUAAAAGAUCAAAAGCCCUUACUCCAACUAUAUCAACAAGUCGUAACACAAUCGGAAAAUGCAUUGUCUGUGGAACAGAAGUCAGCUAUCUGUCUUUAGAGCUGUUUUAAAACCAACAGUCUGAUUGGUAGCUUAUAGACCAUUAUAGUUAGCAUUGUUUACAGUUCUGUCGAAUAAUCAGAUUGCCGUUGCAAAACUGCUCUAAAAAUAUAUAGCCUACUUCCAUUCAACAGUCACUGCAUCAUUGACUAUCACAACCACUUUUGAUCCAUUUUUCUCUAACUUUAAAUCAUUGUCACUUGACAAAAGAAUAACUAAUACUAAUAUUUAAGGAUUCUAAAUCAAGGUAUAUUACUUAAGUUUGUGUGCAUUUGAUAUUAUUUUCGGAUUUAACUUAAAUUUAGAGUGAAUCGAAGCUCAUCCCCCACUUUCGACUUUUGAAGCAUUACACCCUGUUGAUAUACUAGGAGUAAGGGCUAAUAUUUUUUCUAUAAAUAGUAAUACUAACCAUAUGCAGACGCCUGUGAUACAAUUUACUAGUACUUCAUCGCAAGAAAUUUAUGGUUAAAUCCCUAGGUGUUUUCUGUUCAAGAACACCCUGUCUACAACUCUGUUGAUCUGGAGUGUAGGGUAUGAAGCAUAGUCAUCUGUUAACACUAGCCUUCACUCCAUAGCGGGUAUGUUUAUAUGUCCAAGUGAACAGUUACAGGGUUCUACAUUGAUUUCAUAUUGUUGUUUACAUUGAAUCAUUAUUAUGUACUGUUUAACAGAUGAGGUUAUCAACAAAACAAUAGGGGAACUUCCAUCUUGGAACAUUUGCCUAUUUUCAAAAUGCAUUUGGAAGUAUCAUUUUUUGGCUUUUUUUUUUUUUUUUUUUUAUUUGUCUCUAUGGACAAGAUUUGAAACCAUAUUUAUCAUGAAUGUUACAUUAUAGACGGAACAGAUAUAUUUCUCACUGAAAUACUGGAUGUGUUCAAUGAUAUUGUGCAAGUUUCCUGUGUCGGCAAGUAUCAAGGCAGCUAAACACUGGGCGAUAGAAGUAAACGCAGUAAACAUAUCAAUAUGAAAAUAAAAAAUCCAUAGAAGGCUAAUGUCUCUGAUCAAAGUAAGCUGCGAGCAAUGUUUAAUCAUUUAUCAGUAUUUCUUACAGAGAAUCCUGUUAGAUUUUGUUGAAUAACAUGUAUAGUAUGAACAUCAAAGUGCUAACUUAGUGAAUAUAUGAAGAAAACAAUAUUUAUCUAUUGCAAAGAUUUUUUUAUGUAUACAUCAAAUAACCUGUUGAUUACCAUAUUGUUAGUUUCAUGGUGAAACAGUAUGUUCACUAUUAAAUGAAGAAUAAGUUGUUUUGCCUAUUAUAGACUACACUGCAUAAUGUUGGUUGGUUUAAAGUUUCACAUGGGAGUUACAGAGGCAAUUCAUUGAAAGAAUUCUUAUUCCAUAAACAUAAGAUUUCCUUAUUUGAGGUAAUUAUACCUCUAAAACUAAGUUAGAGGGUACACUUCCGAUUUUUUCCCCCCAAUAUAUACCAAUUUUAUAGACAAUUUUCCUAUGAUGGUGCUCAUGUAAGCAUUUGAUUGAAUGACCACCUUGGUUUUGAAUUCCAAAGAUUUUGAAUUUACCUCUGGAUUUUACAUUUACAUUUACAUGUAUUUUCUUCGAAAAUGAGACGAAAAAGUCCCAUAUGUUCUUUGAUUUACUGCUGCUAAAAUACAUGACGGAAUUUAACAAAUCAAACCAUAUCUCUAGAUUUAUUGCCCAUAAUGUAUUAAUGUCAACUUUUUACGACACCAAAUACCACACUAAUGCACUAAGUGACAUUAUGGAUGUCAAAUGUGGUAUAAGGGGAUCCCCGGAGCAUUUGCCUUCAGAAAACAGUUAAGAUUAAAGUUAAGAUACAUAGCAAAAUGUUCUCGUGGUUUAAAAAUAAAUCUGUAGAAAGAAUUUUGCGAGUCCAAUGACAAAAUAACUAUGUCAGUACAAAGUUCAGGUAAGCUGAUGCAGUAUACAUUAAAAUUGCCCUAAAUUAUGUGGUAUACCGGAAAUCAAUGUUAACUUGAAUGAAGUUUCAAGUAUAUGUUGGUGAUCAAAGAUAGUAUGAAUGAGUAAUGCCCGGACUAUCAUUAUGGUUAAAACAUUUUCUUUGUUACUUAAAAAUAGGGCAUAACUGUAAGGAAGUAGUGGUAGUACCACUGCCUGUUGUAGAAGUAUGUGUAGCACUCCAUGUUGUACGAGUGUGAAGCUAUCUGAUAAUAAGUGCUAGAAUUUUUUCUGUGAUGUAUCUUACAUGUAUUUCGUUUGUAUAGACAAAAGUGCUGUUUUCCUUGUGUGUUGCUGGAUGUGAUGUACAUACUGUAGCUGUAUAUAAGUAGAAAUGGUCGGAACACAAGGAAAGACCAAUCUUAACACGUUCACACUUUUACUGUGAACCAGUUUUGUGAACGGUUGGGUCACAUCACUUGGACACUUCAUUAUUGUGGAGGUUUUCUUUUUUUUUCUUUUUUUUUUUGUGAAGAAACCUGUCUUUCACCUCCAAUUCUACUUUUGACUUGAGAGGACUACAUGGCUAUUUGAUUUCAAGAUGUAUUUUAUUGGGUAUCACAAAACAGUGCAGAUUUAUUGUUGGAACAUUUGGACAAAAGAUGAUUUAUUCGGAAAAUAAAUAAUUUUUGAAAUAGGGUUAGGAAAUCUUUGUGUUUAUUGCAACUAUUAUAGGGACUUUCGUUUUUGUCCCAAGUUGUUUAAUUGAGGACUGGUGUUCCUGGCAUUUGAUAUUCUUAUCUGCAUUUAAAUUUGUAGUAUUUAUCAACUAUAUUACAUGGCAAGAUUUAUUUGGGAAUUAUAUACAUGUAUAUUAAUAAAGAUAAUUUGUAUCUUUUCAUGUAAAAUAUUUUAUGUGAUUGGGUUUCCCUUUUUUAAUGUUUUCAAUAUUUAAUAGAUUCUUAAAUGUUUUUGACUUUAUCACUGCUGUUUUUUUAAUUGCCUGUUAUAGUAUUGCCAUGGCUGUCUUAUGAUGAGACAUCAAAAGCCAUGUAUUUUAAUUCCUGCAACUACAAAAGGUGUCUGUGAAUGUGGCCCAUGUGGUGAUGAACUAUAAGUAAGGACAUGUUUGGUCCUGAUAGCAACUGCAGUUUCUUGGCUGCAUAUGGUAUAUGCCUUCACAAUGAAAUAAAUAAAAGAUAAGUAUGAAAAGAU